GAAGUGUCCUACAUUGAGAUCGAGGUUGGCAUACUGAAGGACCUUCGACAUCCCAAUAUCACACAAUUACUGGAAGUAAUAGAAGAUCAAGACAAAGUACACCUGGUCUUAGAAUAUGUAAAGGGGGUCGACCUGCGACAAGAGUUACGCAGAAGCCAUAAGAACAGGCUGCAGGAGAAGGACGCCCAGAGGAUCUUCAGAGACCUGUUAGAAGCAGUGGGUCACUGCCCCGAUCGUGGCAUUGUACGCAGGGACUGCAAGCCCGAAAAUGUUCUGAUGGACAUUCAAGGUCGGGCCAAGGUCUGUGACUUCGGGGUGGGGAUCCGGUUCCGCCCCGGACAGGAGGUGACUGUAGUUAGGGGGACACUGGCAUAUUGUGCCCCUGAAAUAUUCUCGCGCCAGCGGUACCAAGGCCCUCCCCUAGACAUCUGGGCCCUGGGAGUAAUUUUAUUUGAAAUGCUUACUGGGGAUAAUCCCUUUGAUGGA